AUGAAAAGGCUUUUAACCCUUCGCAUAAGACCAUUGACAAGCGAAGAUUUAGCAAAUUUGCCCACAAGGUUUCAAAAAUCUGUGUUAUCUACAACUCCAAACGCUCCUAAUCAGGUUAUCGUAACUAAUGAUAAGAAUGAUAAGAAACAAACUUUUAAUUACGAUUAUGUGUUUGACCCAGAAUCCACUCAAAAAGAUGUAUAUGAUAAUGCUGUCCUCAAAUUAACUGAUAAAUUUUUAGAGGGAUAUAAUGUAACGAUAUUGGCAUACGGUCAAACCUCAUCUGGUAAAACAUUCACAAUGGGUACAUCAGAAAACGGAUUAAUAGAACCAGAAGCAAAAGGAAUAAUCCCAAGAUCAAUUUCAACCUUAUUUUCUUCAAUACAGUCCGAUCAAUAUAAAACAAGAAAAUUUUCUAUGAAGGUUUCGUUUAUUGAAAUUUACAAUGAAGAUUUAAUUGAUUUAUUUUAUGAAGGCGAUGAUGAAUCAAGACCACAGGUUUUGAUUAGAGAAGAUUCGAAAGGAAAUAUUUUAUGGAGUGGGUUACAAGAAAUUAAAGUUAAUAGUGUCGAAGAAGUAAUGGAACACUUGUCACGUGGUUCAUUAAAUCGUCAAACCGGAGCAACAGAUAUGAAUGCUCAAUCUUCUAGGUCUCAUGCUAUUUUCUCAGUAACCCUAGAACAACAAAAGUUUGCAUCUAGACCUGGGUCUAUGCCACCACCAAUUGACUCACAACAAAAAUCUGGUGUAAGACCUCUGUCAAGAUCAAGUUCAAGUAAAAGAUUAGAUGAUGGUGAAAACAUUUCUAUUACAAGUAAAUUUCAUUUUGUCGAUUUAGCCGGAAGUGAAAGAUUAAAACGCACGUCUGCUAUGGGUGAACGUGUUAAAGAAGGGAUUUCAAUCAAUUCGGGUCUUUUAGCUUUAGGAAAUGUAAUAUCUGCCCUAGGUGAUCCGAACAAAGCAAAACACACUACACACAUUCCAUAUAGAGAUUCGAAGCUUACUCGCCUCCUUCAAGAUUCUCUUGGAGGAAAUGCACAAACCCUUAUGAUUGCUUGCGUAACUCCUGCUGAAUAUAAUAUUAACGAAACUGUUAAUACAUUGAAAUAUGCAAAUCGUGCUAAAAAUAUUAAAAAUAAUGCUACUGUAAAUGCUAUAGAAACAGGCUGGAAUGAUAUAGAACAUUUACAAGCUUCCGGAAUUAUAAGUUCAAAUGGUACUUCUACAACCGGAACAACAUCUGGAAGAACUACUCCGGGUAUAAAUGGUAGAGAAACUCCACACCGCUAUAUAAAUGGAAGGGAGACUCCACAGCGUUAUAAUACAAGUGAAUCUCCAAAUGAUAAAACACAUUCUUCAACUUCUUCAAAUAUACCAAUUAUGCCCCAGCAACAAGUAGUAUCAAAUAAAGAUGUAAAAGUUCUUGAAGAACAACUUCUACAAUUAAAAAGAUCUUACUCUGAACUUUCUCAACGUUAUGCUAAAACUUCUGCAGAAUUAGCAACGCAUCAAGAUAAUACUGAUGGUUUAGAUAUAGACGCCACCACAGAACAAUUAGUUAAAAAACCAUUAUCCGUAAUUAAUGAACUCGAUGAGAAAAAUUACAAAAACUAUGCAUCGUUUCAAGAAGCUGCUGAACCUGUUAUAGAAGAAUACGAAAAAUCAAUUUCAUCACUUGAAAGUCAAUUAGCACUUUCAAAAGCUGCAUUAUUACAUUCUGAUUCGUUAUUGCAGGAACAUGAACGCAAAUUAGCUUUUGCCGAGCAAUCCAAUGAACAAAGUAAAGUUUAUAUCAACGAUCUAAAAAAUAAGGUUGCUAAGCUUGUAGAGAGAGAAUCUAUUUCGGAACAAUAUAUUAAAGAACUUGAAACUAAAUUUGAUAAACUAUCUUCAGAACAAGGGAAAGAUCAAAAUUUAAUCAAUGAAUUAAGAUCACUAAUUGCCCAAAUGAAAGCUAAUAAUUCUAAUUCGGAUGGAUAUACUAAAAAUUUAGAAAAUAGGAUGUCAAUAAGUGAUAAUAAAUCUACUCAGUUGGUUGAAACCGUUAAAAAACUUGAAGAACGUUUGCAUCAACGUGAGGCAGAAUGUCAAGAAUUAGAAGAGAAAUUAAGACGAGUUGAUAAUGAUGAUGAAAAAAAAUUACUUUUAAAUGAAUUAGAUGAUAGAGAGAAAAGGAUUUUACACCUUGAACAAAAAGUCGAAUCUCUUAUACGAGAAUUAGAAGAAUUAAGAAACCACUCUCUCUCACAUGACGACUCUGAAUUAUCCGUAAUUUCAGAAGACAUUCAUUUUGCCUCACCAUCAAUUACACCUGGAGUUAAUAAUGAUCCAAUGAACCUUUCUCCUUUAGAAUCUAAGUUUCUUGAUUUACAGAAAACACAUGAAAAUACUUUAAAAGAAUUCGAGGAUAUUAAAUCAAAAUAUCAUUUAUGUCUUUUAGAAAUUCAUGAGCUUCGAAAUCAAUUAUCAGAAGAAAAUGCAAUUCAUCCAGAAAUGGUCCAUGACUUUAAAUCUACUCCUACAACGCCGUUAUCACCAAAAUCUCCAGAUUUUAAUGCGUUUAGAUUAUCAUUACCUCCAACGACGAGUUUGAGUAAUGACAAUAAAUCAGCUAAUUCAAAACUUUCCUUUCAUAGAAAGACAAGAUCACUUACCGAGGAAAUUUAUGGAUCAGAGGAAAAAGAUGAUGCUCAUCUUGCUGUGAUACAAAAACUUAGUAAUGAACUUCAACAACUUUCUUCAUUACAUGAAGAUAAAGAUCAAGGAUUGGUUGCCAUUAAACAAGAAUUCGCAAGACUUGAAAUGAAUUAUCGUGAAAAUUUAGAACUAGUCGUAGAACUUCGCGACGAAAUAAAAAGACGUGACGCAUUAGUUCAAGUAGAUGUCAUGUCAGCGAAAACAUCUGAAACUGGAGGUGCGUCUUCUUAUUAUUCGGUCAAUACCAGUGAAACUGAUACACUUGAAAUAGUACAAAGAAUGCGUGAAGAAGUUGAACAACUUAGAGAAGAGCAUAAAAUAGCCAUGGAAUCUUUGUCAGAACGUGAAACAAGAUCAUUAGAGAAGCGAAAUGAAGUACUAAGAAUUGAAUCAAGUAUUCAAGAAUUCCAAGAAGAAUUGAGUCAUGCUCUUGACAACAACGAAGAUGAUCGGGUUAUUGAGCUACAGUCACGUAUUAAAGAAUUGGAACAUGAACUUAUAAAGGCUCAAGAGAUACAGAGACAAGAACAAAUUUCCGAGACAGCUUUACGUCUUGAAGAUGGUUUUAAGCCUUCUGAAUCUGGUGAAAAUAUUGAUUUAUCGAAAGAAUUCGAAGGAUAUUCUAAUAGUAAAGAAAUUUUGGCGCUGAAACAACGUAUUGACAAACUUCAAUCCGAUAUAGAGUCAAAGAGUCGUACUAUUGCUUCUUUAUUACUGCCAACAGUUGAACAACAAAAUGUUAUUAACCGAAUUGAAACUGAAUUGCAAGAAGUUCGAGAAACUCAACGAAAAAUGAUGAAAGAAAAUAAUCAAUUAGGUAAUAUUCCAGAUAAAAACAAAAACGAUAACAAAACUGUUAAAACAUUGGAAGCUAGAGUUAAAGAACUUGAAUCUCAACUAACGAAAGCAAAAGAAGCUCAACAUAUCCCGACCCCAAGAAAUUCUUUCUUACGUGCGGCUGAUCCGGCACACAGGACUGUUUGCAAAUUACAAGAUAAAUUGUCAGAUUUACAAAAAGAACUUUCACGUAAAUCAGAGACUGUACAGAAUUUAGAAGUUGAAAUGGAAUUAGUUAGUUCUAUGCAGUCACAAUUAGAAACUCUUAAGAAUGAUACUAAACGAAAAUACGAAUUAAUUGAAGGUUUUAAGAGAGAUCUAGUUGAUAAAGGCAUGCUACAACAAAAGCUCCAUGAGAAAGAAGCCGAAGCCAAAAUUUUACAAGAUCAGUUGUUAACAGUUAGAUCAGAAAUGCAACAUCAAAUAGAAGUUCUCCGAUCUCAAUUGCAAUCAGAAAAGACGUUAGAUGGGAAUUUAAAUAUAUACACGGAAUUAGAAAAUGUACAAAAAGAACUUAAAGAAGCAAAAGAGAAUGAAAACCUUGCGGUUGAACGUCUUAGGAUGUUAAAUGACGAGGAAUUAAAACUUCAACAAGACUUACAACGAUUGCGUCAAGAUGAUAUUGUACAAAAAGAAAGAAUUACCGUUUUAGAAUCUAGUUUAGUUCAAGAACUCGCAGGUAGUGAAGACCUAGUUUCUUUAAGAGCUGAGCUAGCACUUACUAAAGGAACCGAAGCAACACAAAAACAAAAAAUUUCAAAACUUGAAAAUACAUUAAAGGAGUAUGAAGCUGAAAUAAGUGAGCAUAAACAAAAGAGUGAAUCACUUGAAAUUGAAUUAAAGCAAGUACAAGAAGAUACAAUUGCUAAUACAAAAGAUGAACUUGCAAAAUUAAAAGAAACAGAAUCUCAAUUAAGAUCGACCAUUCAAGAGUUAGAAGCUAAGCUCGCAAAAGCGGAUAAGGAAAAUGAGCAAGUUCAAAUGAUAAAAGACGAGCUCAAAUUAUUGAAAGAAUUAGACUUGGAACAAAAAUCUAAAAUCGAACAAUUACAAUAUCAACUUGAAGAAACUCAAAGCACCAAAAAUAUAGCAAUCAAAGAAUUAGAAAGUAUGAAAAAAGAUUUUGCGGCUCAAAAAGAACUUGUCAUAACCUUGGAAGGAGAAUUAAAAAAUGUUCGAGAAGAACUGAUAAAAACAAAUGAACAAUAUGGCAAUAAUAUUAAAAAGCAUGAGCAAAUUUCGAUUUUGCUGAACACUACGAAGCAACAACGAGAUGAGGAAGAGAGUAAGGUCAAGUCAUUGGAAAAUGAAAUAGAAAUGUUAAAAGCUGCUGGAGACGCCAACGAAAAAGUUAUCGUAAAUUUAAAUACCGAAUUAACAAAUUCUAAAAUGAAUAUAGAAGCUCAAAAUAAACGUUUAUUUGAAAUUGAAAAUCAGAAGAAUCUUAUUGAGAAAGAACGAGAACUACUUCUUGAUAGCGACAAAGAAUUGAGCGAAAUUCUUAGAGCAAGAGAGUUUGAAAAAAAUAAAGCUAUAGUAGCACUUGAAAAUAAAAUCUCGGAUCUCCAAUCUCAACUCGAACAGGCCAAGGAAGCUUCAAAGGUUGAUCAGGAAACAAUUGCAAGUCUCGAAGAAAAACUUGCUUCUAUAAAUUUCCAACUUAAUGAUGCAAAAGAAUCGGAGGAACGACGUUUUCAGAUAAUAAAGGAGCUUGAAACUGAAUUAAAUGAAGCCAACGCUUUAUUAUUGGAUAAAAAUUCAAAAUGUGCUGAAUUGGAAACUACAAUUGAAAAGAUAAGAACUGAACUCAAGAACUUAAAAGCAUCCGAAGCUGCUAAAAAUGAUCAAAUCAAUCAAUUUAAGUCCGGUAUUGAACAAGCCAAAUGUUACGAAAGUCAACAAACAGAACUAAUUCUUUGUUUGGAAUCUCAACUUCAAAAAGCUGAAGAACAAAAUGAUGAUCACAGUUCCAAACUAGCUGAAGCCAAUUCAGAGAUUGACACAUUAAAAGAAAAGUGUGUUUCAUUACAAAACAAAAUUAAUGAAGUUCAUCAUGACUCUUUAUUAAAGAACUUUUCAAAUAUUGAUGAUGACCUUACGAAAGAAUUAAAGAAUGUUCUAAAAGAAGUACAUGCACAAAAAGAGCGCGCGGAUACGUUACAAAAGGAAGCAAACAAGUUGAAAUCGGAAAAGAAUAAUCAUAUUGUUAUCAAUGCUGACCUUGCUCAGCAAAUUGAACGACUUCAGAAGGAUCUUGAAUUUUUAACUGAAGAAUACGCUGAAGCGGUUACAAAGCAAGAAGAUACCGAGGCUCUAAUAAAGGAUCAAAAGAUACAAUUAUCCGAGUUGGAAACUGCAUUAGAAGUAGCAAAAAAAUCUCAACCCUUAAGUAUUAAUUCAAAUCCAUCUCUUACAAAACUUGCUGCCGCGAAUGAAAGUUUACGACAGACAAAUGACGAUCUUAAUAAAAAGAUUACUGAAGCUGAACAUCGUGCUUCAUCUUUAAGCGUAAGGUUGAAAACUUUAGAGAAUGAGUUAGAAAGUACUAAAACUACGGAUGAUGAUUCAUCAGUUGAUGCUUUGAAGGCGAAAAUUCAAGGACUUGAAGUUGAAAAUGAAGGAUUAAAACAAUCAAACGAAGCAUUCCUUGAAGAACGGGUAAACCUUGAUCAAAGAAUAGAACAUUUAGUGAAACAACUGCAAACAUCUGGUCAAGAUGGGAAUAAAACUGCCGUAAAUGUACAUCUUGCCGAAUUGAACCUAAAGGUAUUAUCACUUGAAAAAGAAAUGUCUCAAGAGAAGCUAAAGGCUAAAGAAAAUACUUCUGAAAUGCAAAAAGAAAUUUUAAGUCUCAUCGAAUCAAACAAACAACUUGAGCAUGAACUUAACGUUUCAAAAUAUCCUUUACCAGAUACUAUUGGAGACAGUGGAGAUUCACUUGAUUUAGGAUAUACUUCUAAACUUUACCAAGAAUCCACUAUUUCUCAGCAAAAUAUUCUUAUUAAAGCUCUUCAAGAUAAGAUUAACGAGCUCGAGAAACAAGCCGAAGUUCGUUCUAGUACACCAAUUGCUGCGGAACUCGAUGCAGUUGGUGGAUAUCGUGCAAGUAGUCCCGAAUUAAGAAAAAAUGCCGUUCGUGCUGGAUCACCUACAAAUGUCAAAACAUUGCCACCUACACCUCCGCCAAAUCAACCUUUACCACCACCACCUCCUCCACCAAAAUCUCCUCUUCCACCAAGACCAGAAUCUCGAAAUAGUUCUAACACGACUUCACCCGACCUUAUAAUGGAAGUUCAGAAACUUAAUAAACGAAUUGCAAAGAUGGAAGGAGAAAAUUUAGACAAUCGUCAACUUGUAGACACUUUAGAGGCUUCUCUUAAUGAUUCAGAAUCAAAUUUACGUACUGCAAAACAACAAUUACAAAUAUUACAACGGGAAAAAUCAGAUUUAAUGAAUCAAAUGAAGAGUUUGCAAAUGCAAUUGGAGGAAACAGAAAUACAAUACGAACGUACUAAAACUUCGGUUCAAAAAGAAAAGAGAGCUAUUGAGAACGUUUUAUUAGAAGAAAGAAGAGCUAAAGAACAAGCCGAGAAAGCAAGACGACAACUUGAAAAUCGUAUGGAAGAACUUAUGGCUAAGAAAAGCAAAUUUAUGUGUUUCUAG